GCCCCCACCCGCAUAAUUCAUUUUUAUUUUUUCAGAUUAUAUUAAUCUCAUUCUAAGCAAUUCCAGGCUUUCCUUAAAGUUUGCUCCGUCACUGCCUUCCCUAGCACUCAUUAUUUGGAGAAAUCAAGCUGUUGUCAAGUUGUUUCGGCGGCGCCUGGCGCUGUACCUGGAACUUGACAGCAGCCAACAUGUUUCAUAAAUUAACACCCGUUUCCCCCCAAGGGAUUAAAUUUGGCGUGAAUUCUCUUGAGACUCAAGUCUUUUUGGCAGAGCUGUUGAGUCUCACAGGAUUUUGUCAAGUGUGUAAAGUACACUUCGAAUCGCCGAUUUUAAAACUGAAAGGGGCCUUACAGGAAAAUGCAGUUCAUCUCUCAUGUUACAGAUGAGACCACCAGGCCGAAAAGUGUGUAGCUUGAUCGAAGUCCUACACCUCUUCAGUAACUGGACUCCGAGGCUCUAGAUGCCUUCCUUGGUCGUUGCGCUCUCCACCAAACCAGGCGUGCGUUGCCAGUUUAACACACUACUGUAAAGACAGUCUGCCAGAGAGGCACCAUGGAUACAGCUAGCCAUAGCCUUGUCCUUCUGCAGCAGCUGAACAUGCAACGAGAAUUUGGUUUUCUGUGUGAUUGCACAGUUGCUAUUGGAGAUGUUUACUUCAAAGCUCACAGAGCAGUGCUUGCUGCUUUUUCUAACUAUUUCAAGAUGAUAUUUAUUCACCAAACAAGUGAAUGCAUAAAAAUACAACCAACUGACAUCCAACCUGACAUAUUCAGCUAUUUGUUGCACAUUAUGUACACGGGGAAAGGGCCAAAACAGAUUGUGGAUCAUAGUCGUUUGGAGGAAGGGAUUCGAUUUCUUCACGCUGACUACCUUUCUCACAUUGCAACUGAAAUGAAUCAAGUGUUCUCACCAGAGACUGUGCAGUCCUCAAAUUUAUAUGGCAUUCAGAUCUCAACGACCCAGAAAACAGCUGUCAAACAAGGGCUGGAGGUCAAAGAAGCUCCUUCCACUAACAUUGGAAACAGAGCUGCUGUCCAGGGUGACCACCCCCAGUUGCAGCUUUCUCUCGCUAUUGGGCUGGAUGAUGGCACUGCAGACCAGCAGAGGGCCCGUUCUGCUGCCCAGGCCCUGGAGGAGCACCAGAAGCCCCCAGUGUCCAUCAAGCAGGAGAGAUGUGACCCAGAAUCUUUGACCUCCCAGAGCCAUCCCUCACCUUCAUCAGAGGUGACAGUCCCCACGUUCACUGAAAGUGGUAUCAAAAUACACUUAUGCCAUUACUGUGGGGAACGUUUUGAUUCCCGAAGUAAUCUAAGACAACAUCUCCAUACCCACGUGUCUGGAUCUCUCCCUUUUGGUGUUCCUGCUUCCAUUCUGGAAAGUAACGACCUUGGCGAAGUGCAUCCACUUAAUGAAAAUGGCGAGUCUCUUGAAAGCCGCAGGCUCAGCCCCUUCACUGUCAAGGAGAAUGAGCAGCAGCCUGACCACACCAGCCAGGGCACCACUGAGCCUUUGCAGAUCAGCCAAGUGUCUCUGAUCUCCAAAGACACAGAGCCAAUGGAAUUAAACUGUAAUUUUUCUUUUUCAAGGAAAAGAAAAAUCAGCUGUACCAUCUGUGGUCAUAAAUUUCUCCGAAAGAGCCAAUUGCUGGAACACAUGUAUACACACAAAGAAGUGUCUGCCAAAUGUUGUCUUCCUAGUGUUGAGCUGACUCUCCCAGGGUCUGUCCACAGACUUGAAAACAAGGAACAGCAUUUACGUCGUGGCCAUGUGACUACUGUUCAAGGCCAGUCCAAGCAUGAGCCAGGAUGACAUCUCCAACGUCACAGACACCCUCCUGCAGAACAGCGUUCCCCCAGCAUCAGCACGAGGUCUCUCUUCUUUGGAAGCAGAGUUGCUUCUGGGAGCAACCGUCCUUACAGUUGCCUAAUUGAUGACUGCAGUUUGCCUCCACCUGGACCCUUACUUUAUUAAACCUUGUGAGAGCU